UCAGGAAAUCAUGUCACGACAGCUUCAAGCGCGCAGAACUGCCUGGCUGGAGUUCACUCAGCUGGCAGCCGACCACAGAGCAGUGAAUCUGGGGCAGGGCUUCCCUGACUUCUCCCCUCCGACGUUCAUCCAGGAGGCUCUUCGUGAAGCCCUGAGCGGAGGAUACCAGAUGCACCAGUACACCCGAGUCUUCGGCCAUCCUCCUCUCGUACGCAUUCUGGCUAAGUUCUUCGGGAGGAUCGUGGGGCGUGAGAUCGAUCCCUUUGAAGACGUGCUGGUCACAGCGGGAGCUUAUCAGGCUCUCUUCUGUGCUUUUCAAGCCCUGAUUGAGGAAGGGGAUGAGGUCAUACUUGUGGAACCGUUCUUCGACUGCUACCAGCCGAUGGUGGAGCUGGCCGGAGGAAAGACGGUUCAUGUGUCUCUGAGGCCGUCCCAGAAGGUCGAGGGGAGUGGCGUCCCGUCCAGCGGAGACUGGGUUCUUUCUCCCGAGGAGCUGGCCAGUAAAUUCAACCCACGCACAAAAGCCAUCGUCAUCAACACUCCCAACAACCCACUGGGCAAGGUGUACAAGACGGAGGAGCUCCAGGUGAUCGCCGAUCUGUGCGUCAGACACGACGUGCUGUGCAUCAGCGACGAGGUGUACGAGUGGCUGACGUACGACGGGAACAAGCACGUGAAGAUAGCCAGCCUUCCUGGCAUGUGGGAGCGGACCGUCACCAUCGGCAGUGCAGGAAAGACCUUCAGUGCCACCGGCUGGAAGCUCGGAUGGGCCAUCAGCUCUGUUCACAACAUGAAAAACCUGAAAAUCAUCCACCUGGGCUCUGUUUACCAAUGUCCUACAGCUACUCAGGAGGCCGUGGCUCGUGGAUUUGAGAGGGAGUACGAGCUGUUCGGGACUCCAGAGAGCUACUUCCAGCAGCUGCCCGCCAUGUUGCACCAGAAGAGGGAGAAACUGGCCUCCUGCCUGGGGGCCGCGGGGCUGCAGCCCGUCAUGCCGGAGGGAGGCUACUUCAUGAUCGCAGACAUCUCGUCCGUCAAGGUGGACUUGAGUGACCAGAGCACGGAGGAUGAACCCAAGGACUUCACGUUCGUUAAGUGGCUCACUAAAGAGAAGGGUUUAGCGACCAUGCCCGUCUCUACGUUCUACAGCCCCGAGCACCGCCGGGAGUUCAGCCAAUACGUUCGGUUCUGUUUCGUCAAGGAGGACUCCACCCUGAAUGCAGCCGAGGACAUCUUGAGGAAGUGGAGUCAGACGCAGUGAAAGUCGUCUAGAUUUCACCUGGUUGAGCUGAUCUGUGAUCAGUGAGUCUUAGUGGCUCAGCUGGGUGCUUAAAGACAGCGUUCUCCACAUAUUAACGCGCUUUGUUUCAACUACUCAGGCUUUGGAAGAAAAUCUGUGUGAAUAUUUUAUGCCAAACAGUCAAAUAAAUAAAGUUGUUAAGGAAUUUUAAGUAACAGAAAUGUAGACAUGCAGUCAAUAAGAGUCGUGUUUAUACCUUAAUUUGAGGCAUUUGCAGCAACUGUGUUAAUAACUAUAAAUAAACUCACAUC